AUGGUCAACAAAUACAAGCUUGACAUGGUUGCUAUUUCAGAGCCUCUGGUAAAUAGUAACAAAAUAGAGGGAUACAAAAGAUUUUUGGGAUUCAAGCAUUGCAUUUCCAACAUCAAUGGAAAAAUCUGGUGCUUCUGGAGAGAUGGCUGUGUAGUCAGCACAGUCAAUAAUCAUGAACAACAAAUUACCCUCAAAAUCCAAAAAAAUAAUAGUUGUCCGGAAAUGUAUGUUACUGCAGUUUAUGCUAAAUGCACGCCUGGUGAAAGAAUGGAGCUUUGGCGUAGCCUGAAUAUUUUUAAUAGGGAUAUUAAGCUACUUUGGUGUGUUGGAGGGGAUUUUAGUGUAAUCCUUCACCCAGAGGAGAAAAUUGGUGGAUUGCCCCAUAGAAAUGCUGAAUGCUAUGAUUUCUAUGAAUGUAUAGAUUCUUGUGGUAUGGUGGAUAUUGGUUACUCCGGAUCCAACUAUACCUGCUCUAACACUGUGAAACACUUAUCGAGAGUUGGAUCUGACCAUAGACCUCUAUUUCUUAGAUGCAAGAAUGACCAGGUAGGGGGGAUCAAGUACUUCAAGUUUCUAGAAUUUUGGACCUCUCAAGAAGAUUUUUUGGAUGUUGUUCGAAGCGAUUGGAAUCUGCCUAUAGAUGGCAACCCAAUGUGGAGAUUUCAUCAAAAGCUAAAAAGAUUAGGGAGAAGACUUGCUACUUGGUCGAGAAAUGAGAUUGGAGAUGUUCAUGAAAAUGCCGAAGUCUGGGAAAAUAAAAUGCAAAUCCUGGAGGAUUUAGACAUGGAGGCCAGGACUGAAAAUAGUAGAGAAGAGCUUAAUAGAGGUCAUGCUGAGUAUAUGUCCUGGUCAAACAAACAGGAUGGUAUCCUUAAACAAAAAUCCCAAGUUAUAUGGUUUGAAGAAGGGGAUAGCAAUACCAAAUAUUUUCAUAUAGUUAUCAGAGACAGGAGAAGGAAACUCAAGCUGGAAAGAAUAAAAAACAAUAGAGGAAGAUAG